CAACUGAUCUGAAUAUUCUUCACUCAAUCAUCCAGGCAGCACAACAUCCCACCAAACACCACAACCAUCACAAUGUCUCCCCCACCAGACCUAAUGCUCAGCAUCGAAGAUAUCAAGAUCGCUGGAUCGAAGAAACUCCCCAAGAUGGCACGCGAAUUUUACAACUCCGGCUCAACCGCCCAAAUCACCGUCCACGAAAACACAACCGCCUACAACAAAUACCGACUCCGACCCCGCGUCCUCGUCGACGUCUCCAACCUCUCCCUAACCCACACCCUUUUCAACCAAACCUUCGAUUUCCCCCUCGGCAUCUCCCCCACCGGCCUCCAAGCCAUGGCUCACCCAGACGGCGAACUAGCCACAAGUCGCGCCGCAGCGAAACGAAACAUCCCGAUGGCUGUGUCUUCAUUUGCGACGUAUCCGGUAGAGGAGAUAGUCGAUGCUGCGAAGUUAACCCCAACCUCUACCCCACAGCCAACAAUACCAACCGAGAAAAGAGGCGGACCUUACGCAAUCCAACUCUACACCCUCCGUUCCCGCCCCCUCCAACAAUCCAUUCUCACCCGCGCCGAAAAAGCAGGCUGUCGCGCCAUCUUCCUCACAGCCGACAGCCCCGUCCUCGGUGUGCGCUACAACGAAACAAGAAACAACUUCCGCACACCCCCCGGUCUCUCCUGGCCCAUGCUCAACGUCUCUUCCGAGGCCCUCCAAUCCCAAUCCCACGAUAGCGGGUUCACGGCCACAAACUCCGACUCGCAUUCCUGGGCGAGGGAAAUCCCCUGGCUGCGCAGCGUAACUAACAUGGAGAUUUGGAUUAAGGGCGUUCUUACGGCCGAGGAUGUGUUACUGGCGAGGGAAUGGGGCUGUGAUGGCGUGGUGGUGAGUAAUCAUGGUGGAAGACAAUUGGAUGGGGUUGUUGCGACGGUGGAUGCCUUGCCGGAGUGUGUGAGGGCCGCGGAGGGGAAGAUUCGAGUUCAUGUCGAUGGGGGGGUUAGAUCGGGAGUGGAUGUUUUUAAGGCGUUGGCGCUGGGCGCGGAGUGGGUUUGGGUGGGCAGGCCGGUGGUUUGGGGGUUGGCGUAUGACGGCGAAAAAGGAGUCUCUCGCGUAUUGGAUAUCCUCUACGAGGAAUUCAAACGCUGCAUGCAGUUGACGGGGUUUCGGACUCUGAAGGAUAUUACUCCUGCUGCGUUGGCGAGGAUAAGGCCUGAUGGGACGGUGGCGAGGUUAUAGUUUUCUUCAUUUCUUUCUUUUCUUUUUACGUAUGUGGCUCUGUGGGGUGUAUAGAUCGUGGCUGGGUAGAGUGGGGAUAGAGUGGGAUGGGGAUAGAUGGCCGUUGGGUAUAUAAGAGAGAUUAGAUAUAAGAUAUAAGAUAUAGGAUAGAUGAGCCAUGUGCGUGAAGAUGUG